AUUAAUUUACGGUAUCAGUCGAUAGUUUUAGCAUAGAUCUAUAGAUCUACUAUAAAUUUAUAGUAUCUAUGGUUUCAGUCUGCUAGCUAGUCUCCCACGUCUGCUCGCGAGACUAUAUGCUAGCUAGCUAUAGAUCUACCAAACACCCUCGGCCUUCACAGCAUGCAUGCACUAGAGGAGUUUAGGAAACUUGUUGCAUCCAAUAGAGGACACGAGUUGGAUGACAUCAGUGGAGUCGAUGAUGAUAAUUAUGAAAGUACUUUGUCCGAGUGAAUGUGCAAUUAAUGGAGCGCACAUCGAUACUUCUUCACUGGAAAAAAGAGCGAUUCCUUGGUUUUGAAAGCAUUUGCUUGCUGCAGUGCUGCCUCAUUUUACUGAAACAGUCGGCAUGCAACUGCUAAGACCAGUUUUUCAAGGGCGGACCAAUAUUUUCAGCAAAAAUUGACCCGGGGAACUGAAAAUGUCAGUCCCUGCAUGGACAGAAAUUUUCGGCCGACGAAUAUUUUGAAAAUACAUGUCAAAGUGGUCGCUCAAUCGUGAACACCUGUUUUUGGAAAUGACUUUGGUUCUGAUCUGAGAAAUCUGUCGUUUGGAUUAGAAUCCUGGCACGUAUUAACAGUGGUAUGAGGAAGAGUACGUGGCUGCACAGCCUUUUGUCACGUAGACGUACUGCAUUGCAUGCAUGAAGAAUUUGUAUAAAAAGGAUGGAUGAAACUAAUAAUUAUGUGUACUGAGUUUGAGAUGAUCGUUUUGCGCUCAACUCAAUGGAGGCUUUUAGCCAGUUUUGUCAUUCUGAUAACAAGUUAUCAAGUCGCUGCCCAAGAUGGACAAGUUAAAUCAUCGUCACUUGGCCACGACUUCUACAUUGGCUUUAUGCAAAGCUUUUCAGAAGAAGCAUCUCUGAGGUUGACUGUUGGUACCUCUGCUUCAAUUGCAAGCUUUACCGUUGAAGGAGGAAAUGGCAUUUUGUUUGAACAACUGUCAGCAAGUGCAUCUGCUCCAACUGUGGUGGACAUUCCUGCAGAGUACUUUGUUGUUGGCAGUGGUUUCUCUGAACGAAACAAAGGCAUUCGUAUUUACAGCUCUGAUAAACCUAUUUUUGUCAUUGCAGAGAAUUUUGAUGUUGAUAUCCAGACCCAUUAUAGCACUUUUCUUGCAUAUCCUCCAUUUGAUAGUGGUUCAAGCUAUGAGUAUUUUCUCACUUCGUUGAGAGAUGGCUUAUUCAACAGCCAGUUUCUUCUUGUUGGUUGCAAAGAUAACACCACUAUAACUAUUUUGCCAUCUCAAGAUGUUCAAAUUCCUCAUGACCCACAGGAUUCUUCUAGUGAAACAGUAACAAUUGAAGUUACUAAUAGCCACAGUUUCAUUCUUAAUGAAUUUCAAACUCUUCUUAUCUCCACUUCUGAUGAUCUCACUGGAACAAAAAUAGUGUCCAACAAGCCCCUCACUGUUGUUAGUGGUCACGAGUGUGCUAGCUUGAGCGUGCAGACCAAUUGUGAUCCGCUAGCUUUCCAAAUCCCACCUAUGGCCACUUGGGGUACUCGUUUUUUGCUAGCCCCGUUCAGUGGACAAUCUGCUCCUCAAAAGUUUCGACUAGUCAGUUCUGGGCAAACAUCUGUCGAAUACUACUGUAACAAUGAGAUGGAGUCAGCUAUUAUUGAUUCUAGAUUUGAUCUGAUUACAAAUCAAUAUUGCUCCCUUGAAUCCCAAAGCCCUAUUCUUGUGGUUCAGAUAGCUGUUAGUGUUACAGAGGAUGGCUUAAGAGAUUCCACAAUUGCUUUAGUGUCCCCUGUUGACCAAUAUGUUAGUGAAUCGAAAUUUAUUGUGCUGACAGACACUCAUUUUCCAAUAAGCAGAAUUAGUGUGACUGUACCAACACCUGACCCUAACCCUGAACAAUUUGAUUCUUCUAGCAUUCUCCUAGAUGGUACACCACUGGUGUGUGAAUGGGAAGAGAUAAUAUUUGAAAGCAGUAUAGUUGGUUACGGGUGCAGCCAUAUUGUUUCCACUUCUGGUGAACCUGAUUACCAUACAGUUUCACACAAUAGCAGUGGCCUUAUUUCAGUGCUUGUUUACGGAUUUGGUGCUGAUAACCUUAAUCUAACCUUGGGAUAUGCGUACUUGGCUGGACAGAGCUACACCCAGGCUGGAAAUGAUGCCCUGUUUAUUCCCUUUCUUGACUUGAACGAUUUUCCUGGAGUUCAAGAAUUGGACAGAGUAGCAGAUUCUUCCUCACCACCAAUAUUCCUUCCAACUGGUUUCCUAUUUGGGGAAGAGGUUGUCUCCACUGCAUAUGUGAAUGAAAACGGUGUAAUAUCUUUCAAGAGACCUUGGGCGUAUUCCCUACCUGAGAUCUUCCCCACUAGCAACAUGGAUAAUAACUUUGCAGUGGCUGUGUUUUGGAGUGACAAUGAUAUACGUAGAGAGGGAGCUGUAAGAUACAUGGCAUACAGCAUCAACGAUAUGAAUAAUACCCAAGGAGCCGAGCUGAUGAACAUUCUGAACAAGUUUGUUCAACAGAGCCUAGGCGAUGGAGCAGACCUUUUUCUGGGACAAUGGUUGCUUGUUGCUCAUUGGGAUCAUGUUCAUCCUAGUCCUCAUGGGGAAGACAACAGAAGAGGAAUUCCAGAAGAUAUUCUUAACCAGACAAACAACUAUCAAUCAAUCAUCGUCACUGAUUUCAUUGACACAUACGUCUUCAACUCGUAUGACAUUCAAUGGAGUGUUGUGGGAACCGGUAGGUCUGCCGUUGUUGGUUUUACUGCUGGAGGUAACUUCUUCGAUAACCACCCCUUGUCCGGAACACCAGCCAUUGGCUGCGCUGUGAAUGGACAGAGCUGUUUUGCAGAAUCUAAUACAAAAAGUGCACAGAAUAGAAGUGUGAAUAAUCUGUUGUCUUUACCAAGCGAUCCAAGGCUUCGGGCACUGGUGCAACCAUGUCAGAGGACUUUUGUCCGAGACGGAAAUACUAUAAAUAGACAAAAACCUGAAGACCUAAGAGAUAUGCUUGAACCAUGUCCACAUGUUGAAAGUAAGGCUAAAUUCGAUUGUGGUAGAUUCAAACCCCAAUCCGGCAUGCCAGCUUGUUUUGUUGGAACUAAGACUGUUAAUUCUAAUGGAGUUUCAAUCUUGCCGCAGUGUUGCUAUAAUAAAGACGGGUCACUCAUUACUAGCCCAAAUAGUGGAUCAGUUGGCAGUUUACUAGUUAUUGGUAGCGACGAUUCUCAAUUCCGACAGGACUGUUGCGCAAUUCCUGGACAUCCAGAGUACUGUAAAUUGUUCUUUGACAGACGUCCCAUUAUUAGUGGCACUAAGUAUCAACCACUUGAAGUAGGAAGCGGUUUGGGUGACCCUCAUUACAGAACGUUCGAUAAUUUUCACUACAACUUCCAAGGUCAAGGAGAGUUCACACUUCUUGAGCUCUACCAAGCCGGUGAAACUGAUCCAGUGUUUAGCAUUCAAGGACAUCUUGGUUAUCCUGCUGACUGGAAAGACCGAGGAGUGACUGGUCAUCUCGGGUUGGCCUUUGGUGACCCGAAUUUUGCAUUCCAUCUUGGAGAGUCCGGAGGAUUCAGAGUUUUUCAAACCAAACCAAUACAGUCGGAGAUUACCAAUACUUUGUCUGGAGUACCACAUGUGAUUGAUGAUCGCAUCUCGCUCACUCGAGCUGGGAAUGAGCUGAUACUCUGUCACUAUGAUAGUGGAGUAAGAGUUAGUGGUUUGGUUCAUCCCCUUGGAUCCCUGGAAUACUAUAUAGAUUUCCGAGUGCAUGUACCAUAUUCCUACAAGAACCAGUCAGGAGCACUUCUAGGAAACUUCGAUGGAAACACAAAUGUAGAACUCUUUACACGUAGUGGCACCAAAAUUACCAAUCUCGAAAGUAUGAACCUGUACAGAAAUAUGCUCUCGUGGAAUAUCUCUGGUGAUCCUGAUAACUUCCUCUACUUAAAUAACAGUGGUCAACGCAAUAAACAAGAAGAAGAUUUUGAACCUAAAUUCAUUGAUAAUCUGAAUGUGACCGAUGAGCAAAGAGCAUUCUGUAAUGACAAUAUGGAGUGCAUAUUUGAUCUUGUUGUCACUGGUCAAGAAGAUAUUGCGAAGAAUAGUAUGGAAUUUGAUGCAGAGACAAGUACUGUACAGGAAGAUUUAGUAAAUGUUCCGCCCGUGAUUACUACAUUUGAAGUAUUCACAGUUGGUCUUGGUGCUAUGCAGCAGCUUGCUAUUCUUGUCACUGAUGCGAAUGACGACGACUUUAAUUUGACUUUUUCUGGAGGCAUUGUGGAAGCGUCUUCUAUUCUUGAAGCGGAAACUCCAGGACAGUAUAAUUUCAGCAUACAAGUGUCUGAUUCCUCACAGCUUGAUAGUUUGCAACCGUUGGUCUUUGUUGCAACUGAUGGUAGAGGAGCUUCAUCCGAGCUUGUGCAGAUGGUUCAGGUGUGUGCUUGCAUUAAUGGUGGUGAAUGCACUCCAGAUGGGAUACUUGGAAUUGAUUCUACUGUCAUUUUGACCUGUCUUUGCCCUGAUGCUUAUGAUGGUCAAUUCUGUGAGGAUGACCGUGAUGGCUGCUCAGAUGUCCAGUGUUUUGAGGGCACAGUUUGUGAUGACAUACAAGCUCCUGGGUCAGGGGCUGUCUGCUCAGAAUGCCCACCUGGGUUUACUGGAGACUCACAUAAGUGCUAUGAUAUUGACGAAUGUACACAAAACAACGGUUCCUGUGAUCAGAUCUGUGUCAAUGUUGAUGGUAGCUACUUCUGUGAUUGUGAAGUGGGUUAUCAACUUGUCAAUGGAUCAUGCCAAGAUAUCAAUGAGUGUGAGGGUUUUAACGAGUGUGAGCACUUAUGUGAUAAUACUGACGGCUCUUUUACCUGUUCUUGUAAUCCUGGGUUUACACUAGCCACAGGAGGGAAACAUUGUAUUGUAAACCCUGAAGUGAGCUGUAACCUUGACUGUGGCAAUGGACAGUGUUUCCUCGUACAAGGGGUUGGCCAAUGUGCCUGUGACUUUGGAUAUGUUGUCGAUGGAUCUGGAGUGUGUUUAAUUGACCGGGAUGAGUGUGGUGAAGGGGCUUGUAGCCAGGAGUGUUUGAACUUGCCUGGAGGAUUCGAGUGUUUCUGCUCGAAUGGCUUUGAAGUGCUAGUUGGUGGAACAAUUUGUGCAGAUAUUGAUGAGUGUUUGGAUACUGCUUUCAACGGUGAUAAUUUGUGUGUGGACGUUCCUAAUUCUCAUUGUAUCAAUACCGAGGGAUCGUAUGAGUGUACCUGUGUGCCUGGUUACUCCCUACUAGAUGGAUCAUGUCAACGCAACGUAUGUUUUAGCCUGGAGGAGCUUGAGGGUGAAAUCAUCGGCUACUCAACUGAUUCCACGCUUGAUGGCAACUAUGUGGUGGGUACUGUUGCCGUGUAUAGCUGUGGCCAACACUAUGCUCUAAGAGGGGAGAGUUCACGGCUGUGUGGAGGGGACAGGGCGUGGUCAAAACCUGCACCAACAUGUGAUUUGGUAAUGUGCGAGGAACUUUCUGCAAUCCUCAAUGGAGCAGUUGCCUUCCAUGAUGACAUGAAAGCUCCGUAUGAUGGACUAACCAAGGCUACGUACAGCUGUGGUUUGGGAUAUAUCUUGUCCGGGGGAGAUCAAGUAAGGAUCUGCGAAGGCGUUCUUGUUGAUGGUGAACUUGUAGGCCAAUGGACAGGGUCUGCGCCAACAUGUAAAAUUCCUGGAUGCCCACCCCUGCCUGUUGCUGCCAAUAGCAUUAUCGAGUACACACUUAAUGGCGAUGAUCCAGACAGUUAUCCUACUAACACCUACGCUAUCUAUAUCUGUCUUCCUGGAUUUGGAUAUUCAGCUGGAAGUGUCUUCCGAAUGUGCUUAAAUGAUGAAUCAUGGGGAGGAACAGAACCCACGUGCAGAUCAAUAGGAAUAGGAUGUGAAGAUAUCCCUGAUCCUGCGAAUGGUAACAUUCAGUUCAACGGUGACCAGACUGCUCCGUUUAAUGCUGGAACAACUGCUAUCUACGAAUGUAACCAAGGAUACAUAUUGGAUGGGGAUGAAUCUGAAAGACUCUGUAGACAACAGAACUUGUUCUAUGAUUGGACUGAAACAGCUCCCAUCUGUGUUUCUAUUACCUGCCCUGCUCUUGUUUCUCCUGAUAACGGUGAUGUUGCAUACAAUAAUGAUGCUGAUUCAUCUAGAGAGUACGCGUUCUCAACCAUUGCGAUUUUCAGUUGCGUCGAUGGAUUUGGCAUUGUGGGAACUGCCACCAGCUCUUGUGUUCUAGACGAUAGUGGCACGGAAAUAUUUAAACCCUUUCCGCCAACAUGCGAACCCAUAUUUUGUCCCCUGCUGGAUGAUUUAAGGAAUGGCGAAAUAUCCUACGAAUUUGCUGCAAAUGACGAAUUUGCUGCAAAUGAGGAUUUACCGUAUGGGACUGUGGCCUCCUACAGCUGUACUGCUGGUCACAUCCUUGUGGGUGGUGAAACAAGAAAAUGCACUGGAGGUAGUAUCUUUACCCUGGGAUAUUUCGAUGGGAUCGAGCCAGUUUGUCAAGAAAUUACGUGCCCUGAAUUAGUAGUCCCAGAAAAUGGAUAUACUGCUUUCUCCACUGAUUUGGAUGCUCCUUACGACCUUGGAGUGACUGCUACCUAUUCCUGUGCUGAUGGUUUUUCGAUGGAGAAUGGGGAUAGUGAGAGGACGUGUGGCUAUGAUGGUGGUAGUACCGUCGGCCAAUGGAGCGGAGAUGCCCCUGUGUGUGUCGGUGUUUGUGAAUUAUUGGAUGUGCCUCCAUAUGGGAGCAUUGGAUACUCUAUGCCUGCUGAUAAGAACAACGAUUACCUUGCUGGUACUGUGGCAACAUUCCAGUGUGAAGAAGGGUUUGAAGUCUUUGGACACACGAUGAGAAAAUGUCAGAAUAACAUGACCUGGAGCGAAAGCUCUCCUAGUUGCUUGGUUGCUUGCCCUGGAUUGCCUAACAUAGAAACUGGUGAAAUUGAAUACACAACUAGAGCUAAUACUGAUGGAAACUAUCGGUCUGGAACCUUUGCUACAUACAGUUGUGAAGAGAACUUUAAAAUAGCAGGUGUGGAUACUGCUGUAAGAAUGUGUGAGCCAGACAUGGAAUGGUCAGGAGCAACCCCAACCUGUGAACCUAUCAUGUGUCCCGAUCUCCCUGACCCUGGCGAUGGAGACAUUGUUUUCAUGAACGAUACCACAGCCCCAUUUCACCUAGGAACUCACGCAAUGUAUAAGUGUGAUGAAGGUUUUGUGCCAGUAGGAGGAGAUGCGAUCAGAGUGUGCUUGAAUGUUGGACAAGACGAGGGUCAGUGGGAUGGAACAGUACCAUCUUGUGAAUCUGUGCAAUGCUUAAAGCUACAUGUUUCAGCUACUGCUGAGAUCAUCUACGAAUCAGUUGAUUCAAACUAUCCUUUUGGCACUGAAGCUUUUUACAAAUGCGCUGAUGGAUUCCGCUUAGAAGCUGGGGACAAACUGAGAGUAUGUGAAAUGAAUGGCUUGAACACUACAGGAACUUGGAGUGGUGUGGAACCUAUCUGUGGAAGGAUCAUGCCAAGGUGCCCGGAUAUUGACAAUCCAGACAAUGGUAGAAUCGACUUUGCUCCGGAUAGUAUGGCUCCAUUUGACAAUGGAACCAUUGCAACGUAUGACUGUGAUCUAGGCUACCAAUCAGAGGGUGGAGAUAGAGUAAGGGUAUGUGAAGAGAAUGGAUUCAGUGAAAUUGGAGCAUGGAGAGGAACCGCACCAGUCUGUGCUGCUGUGGUUACAUGUCCUACAUUGGUACUUCCGAAUAAUGGGUCUAUUGUCUACUCGGUGGACACGGUGAGAAUUGGCUAUGGGGUGACUGCCACGUAUAGCUGUGAUGUGGAAGGGCUGGGUCUGAGCAAAGGAGACACUGUUAGAACAUGUGCUCCAGAUGGAGAUGGUGAUGAUAUUGGGCAAUGGACUGGAUAUGCCCCAAGUUGUGAAAAAAUCCAGUGUGAGGACAUAGGAGAUCCAUUCUUUGGACAAAUUCAAUUUUCCAAAGACAGAGUUGCUCCAUUUGACUAUGGCACAACAGCUACCUACACAUGUCAAUCUCCUCUAGUUCUUGAUAAUUCGUCAGAGAAUGUACGAGUCUGUAUUGGAGACGGCAGCAGUGCCGAUGGUGAAUGGACUGGCAGUGAUCUUAUCUGCAUUUAACAAGACUUGUACUAGAUUCUUGUCAGACUCUCAAACUCUAACAAAAAAAUGUGUGCUUUGCCAAAUUAGCCAUACAAAGUAGUGUACGUGUAGAUGAAUAUAAAUACCUUUUUUUUUACCCACAUUGUUUUCUCCAAAUCUCA